AUGUGCAUAUCAUAUGGAGAUAAUUAUUUAUUUAAAAAUGAUAAUAAAACUCUUCAAUAUGAUUAUAAUAAUAAUUCGAUAUUUAAAAAUAAUACCGGUGAAAUAAAUCAACGUCGUUUACCAAAAGCAAUUAUAAUUGGUGUUAAAAAAUGUGGUACACGAGCAUUACUAAAAUUUAUAUCAGCACAUCCAGAUGUUGUGGCAUCAAUGAAUGAAGUUCAUUUUUUCGAUCAAAAUUAUUAUCGUGGAUUAGAUUGGUACAGAAAUCAAAUGCCACUAUCAUUAUCGAAUCAGAUAACUAUGGAAAAAACGCCUCAAUAUUAUAUUCAUAAUCGUAGUGCCUAUCGUAUGACACAAACAUUUUCAAAUAUUAAAUUAAAAUUGAUUGUCAUUAUUCGUGACCCGAUUAUUCGUGCCAUUUCUGAUUAUGUACAAUUAACAACAAAACGAAAAUCAAAUUUAACAUUUGAAGAUUAUGUAUUUAUUAAAAAUUCAACAAUAAUUAACGAUAAAUGGAUACCAUUAAAAAUUGGCUGUUAUUAUCAUUAUUUUACAAAAUGGUUAAAAUAUUAUUCAUUUAAUCAAAUUCAUUUUGUUGAUGGUGAAAAUUUAAUAAAACGUCCAUGGGAAGAAUUAUUAUAUGUUCAAAAAUUUUUAAAUUUAACAAUACAAAUUCAACAAAAACAUUUUUAUUUUAAUCAUUAUAAACGUUCAUUUCCAUGUAUAAGAAAUCAAUUGUAUCAAACAAAAAAUGGAUGUUUAGGUUCAUCAAAGGGACGAAAACAUCCUGAUAUAAAACAAGAAACACGAACUAUUUUAAAAAAUUAUUAUAAAACAUGUAAUAGUCGUUUGAAACAAAUUGCUCAAAUAAAUUUUUCUUGGCUUUAA